AUGGAUCCUAACAACCCUAAUUUUUCUAAUCAUUUCUCUGAUUUGGGUGAUGAUUUUGUCACUAACCCUCAAUUUCAGCUUUUUCUUCAAAGGCUUGGAAGUACUUCUUUGCAAAAUUCAACACAACAAACACCUCAUCAAACUCCUUUCCAAAACACUACCUAUGAACUACAUUCACCUUUUGUUUAUCAAGGGACCGAUUCUCAAUUAGAUGAUGAAAUGGAAGAAAAUGUUCCAGACACUCCUCAAUACUCUCCACCUCCUUCAAGAGUGUCUGUGAAUCAAAACCAACCACUAACAAAAGGAAGUCGAAUGUGGUCUGUUACGAAGGAUGAAGCUCUAAUUGGUUUGUAUCUUCAAUUCAGUGAGGAUGCAAUUGUUGGUACAAACCAAAAAGUAGCUGCGCUAUGGCGAAAAAUAUCUACAGCAUAUGAUCAAGCGCAGACUGAGAAACACCACAUCCUACCGCCAAGACCUUUGAGGAGUUUGGAAAGCCAUUGGAGAAGGAUGGAAACUGAUUUAAUACAAUGGAGUAGUUGCUAUGACGAAGCUGGUAGGGCAACUGGAAGUGGUUACAACGAAGCAGACCAAAUUAAUAAUGCAAGUAAGUUAUUCUACAUUUCCUCCAAGCCUACUCCACAUAAUUUUAAUUGUCACCAUGGUUGGGAAAUGGUUAAAAAUGACCCGAAGUGGAGGACAAAACUGAGAUGGGCGUUGUCAAGAGAGGAAAGAUUAGCUUGUGGUGAUGCUGUCGAAGAUGACAGUAGUGGAAGUGAAAAGCGGUGUAGAACUGAUGAUGAAGAUGUUGUUCACGUUACCGGUUUCACUUCUGGGGGUCUUGCUCGACCUGAUGGCGUUAAAAAGGCAAAGUCCAGGCGUAACAAGGGAAAAAGAGUGGCUGUUGAAGUCUCAAACAUUACUGAGAAAAUGCAGCAGAAUAAUGCAACGAGGGAAAUCGAGGCACAAAUGCGGUUGAAGAAGUUGGAUUUCGACAUGGAAAGGGAAAGAAGGAAGCAAAAACAAGUAGAGCUUCACCAAAAACAAGUCGAAAUUCAAGAAAGAAGGCUCAACUAUGAAAUGCUGCAAGAUCUAAUGGCAAAGGGACCGGACCUAACUCCUGAUGAAGAGGCUUACAAGGAAGAAUUAUAUGCACUACUUUAUGGUAGAAGGAACAUGUAA